AUGGCGGAACAGUUACUGGUAUCGGCCGCAGCAGCUGGUCGCGGGCAGGGAAGUGGAACGGUGGGGGAUGGUAAUUAGCUAAACGGUGCACAGAGAUGGUGAUCACACGUCUACAAAGAAAAGUAUAGUUUAUUGCAUGCUUGCUACAGAUUUAGGAUUAAUUUCUCAGGUAGAAGGGUGCAGCUUCUACAGGAUUUUAUCGGUGUUAGUUGUACAACCGUGCAUCUUCUAUAUUAAUCACAGCCUCCUCAAUAAAAUACAUGACCAGGUCUCAUCGACCUGCAACGUGUUGGUGCUUGUCUGACUGGGGGCUUGUCUCUAGGGUUGCUUGGUGAUGUCGACGCCGGAUCCUUCGCCGGGUUUGAUUGGGAAAAUGGAGGAAACAAGUACCAG